AGCUGAUUCAUCACUGGUCCACAUAUUAACAAAAAAGCUUCCUUUCAAUGUUCGUAUGACACUGGCAGUAUCUUCGAUUUCCAGUUGUGAAGAACUGAUAGAACAUUUACAUUCUAUCCAAUCAGCUACUUCUGAGCCAAAUCAUAUAAAUAAACAAGCAAGAAAUUUUAAUCAGCAAAAUAGUAAUUUCAAACAAAACAGUAAUAAUGAAAAUCAUAUAGCAAAUGCUAGAGCAAAUGCGCAAAGAGCGAAGUAUACUGAAAAUAAUAACAGAGUUCAAUCAUUUGAUAAUAAUUAUAGAAAUAAGUUUCAAUACCGAAACAGUAAACAGCAUCACAAAGAGGCAUAUUAUGAUAACAGAGAUCACUGGAAUAGAAAUAAUAAACGGAAAAUAACCUUCACAAAACAGGACGAAAAUAAACAAAAUCAUAACCAAACAAAUACAUCUUAUACAAUAGCACAUACAACAAGGACAACACAAAAUCAACAUGCAAAUGACCCACCACCAGACACACAGGAGCCCAUACAAGACAGCCUACCACACAAAACCGCCGCCCGCCAUGCACUUGAAACGCCCUGUAAACAUCAAUCCCUCUUGAGCCUUAUAUUUCCCACUGAAGAACCAUCACCGCAGGAAGAGCAACCCGCCACCGAGGAACACCAGGUUACAGUAGAGGAAUUAUGUAAUAUGGAGCCCACAUGCGAUGAACUCGUUUUGAACGCCACACCCGCGCAUCAAAGGACCACCACCAAGCAUCCGCGCACCGAGCCUACACCCGCGCAUCAAUCGACCACACCGAGGCACACCAAGGAUGGGAAGGAAGACACCAGUGAGUACCGGGAGGACAACAUGCAGGAUCGGAGGAACGCCCACCGCAAGGCCCGGAGACGGAAACGCCCGAGGCAGACACCGGACGACCGACUGCAUGACCGACUACAGGAGAAAAGAGGCAUGCACCGCAAGGCCCGGAGGCGGAAAGUCAAGCGGAAGAAAAAGAAGUACCGCGCGCGACGAUACCAGCCGCAUGCCCGUUUCAAACGCCCGAGGAGGAUUCCGGACCGAGACCAGGAUGGAGGACCGGAGAUCGACGGCAUGCAUCCGCGGCACAUUCGCUUUAAAGCAGAAGAUCAGCGAUGUGACCGGCAAAAUGGAUCUAAUAAAUGGAAGGAAACUGGAGCUAACGGAAGGACUAAUAUGGAUUCAUACAGGGGAUACUUUUGAGUCAUUGGUUAUCUUCAGGGAUACAUUUGAGUCGCUGACUCGGGUGACCCAGAGCCGAACAAGAUGGCGGCUGACCCGGGGCAGACUAGUGAUCCCCAGUGAACUCUAA